UGAAACGAGCUUGACAUGAACGGGAAUAGCCAUGAAGCGUUGGCAUCCGAAGGCACUGUGAGCCAAGCGUGGCUCAGCUCCCUGGACGGUGAAAAAGCUCGGCAGGGCCUCAAAGCCGUGGCUCAGGCCUUGGGCAAGGAGCUCGCGGCCCCGGAGGUGGCCCAAGCCCUGGACAAGAAGUUGAGCCAGCUGCCCUCGAACCAGCGCACCUCGUUUUUGGUCCCUCGAAACGGAGACCUGCCCGGGACGGACCCGUCGUUGGCACCCGGCGACGAAGAGUGCACCUACCUGGUCGGGAACUCCCUGGGUUUGCAGCCCGCGCGCACCAAGCAGCUGGUGAUCGAGGAGUUAGACAAAUGGGCCCACUUGGGCGUCAACGGUCAUUUCACUGGGAACAGACCAUGGAUGCCCAUCGAUGAGAAUGUCAUUGAGCAGAGCGCCGCCCUGGUCGGCGCGACGAAGUCCGAGGUGGCCAUCAUGAACAGCCUCACCAUGAACCUUCACUUGCUCUUUGUGUCAUUCUACAGACCCGACGGCAAGCGCAAGAAGAUCAUGUACGAGGCUAGCGCCUUUGGCUCCGACUACUUUGUCUUCGAAUCACAGGCUCGCAUUCACGGCCUGGAUCCAAAGGAGGUGCUGCUGCCAGUUCAGGCUCGCGCAGGGGAGGAGCUUCUCCGAACGGAGGAUGUGGUGAAGGCCAUCGAGGCCGCUGGUGACAGUCUUGCCACGGUUUGUUUCGGCACCGUGCAGUACUAUACAGGUCAGUACUUCGAUGUUGCCGCCAUUACCCGUGCAACUCACAAAGUGGGAGCCACCGCCCUGUGGGAUUGCGCACACGCGGCCGGCAAUGUGGACCUGAAGCUGCACGACUGGGAAGUGGACGGGGCGUGCUGGUGCAACUACAAGUAUCUCAACUCCGGGCCCGGAGCCAUCGGCGGCUUCUUCGUCCACAGCAAGCACCAUGGCAAAGGUUUGCCGCUGAUGGCAGGCUGGUGGGGCCAGAAGCAAGCUACGCGCUUCAACAUGGAGCACAACUGGGAUCCAGAGGCAGACGCCGGCGCCUGGCGCCUCUCGAACCCCCCGGUGCUGCAGACGGUGGCGCUGCUCGCGAGCCUCGAGGUCUUCGCCAGGACCAGCAUGGCUGAGCUGCGUGGGAAGUCCAUGCUGUUGACGGCAUACCUCGAGUUCUGCCUUUCAGACCUUUUUGGAGCUGACUUGUCCGUGAUCACCCCUGCAGAACCGGCAGCUCGCGGCUGUCAACUCAGCUUGAAGUUCAGUGAGGCCGAAGCAUGCCUUGCAACCUUCGGCGCGCUGGAAAAGCGGGGCAUCGUGGUGGAUCACAGGAAGCCCAACGUCAUCCGAGUAGCUCCGGCGCCUCUCUACAACUCCUUCCGGGACGUGCAGCACUUCUGCACGGCCUUCAGGGAGGCACUGAAUGAGGCGGCUGAGCCUGCCAAGAAGCGCGCCAAGGCGUGAGGACAGGCUCAAGGCCAGCCAUCUACCAAAUGCGGUUGAGCGGGAGAGCCUCAGGCCAGACAAGCAAAAAGC